CUGAUAAAACUUGGCGUACAGAACCGCCUGGAUAGUGCUGGGAUUGAUUUCAAGGCUGUCCCAGGCUUAAGUGAAUUGUUUGCUGAAGAUCACCAAAUUAGCAAUCCUUUUGCUCACGUGUCCACAAAGAACAAGCAAGCGGCAUACUAUGCGAAGAAAUUUGGAUUGGUGGUAAGGAUUUUUAACGUCAUUCUUGAAGUAGCAUUACAUUACCAGAGGUUUUCCGAAAAGACAGGGACUAGUAUUCUUAGUAUGACAACAAUAAAUAACAUCAACAAGUUCGUCGUUUUACCGUAGUUUUUGGGAAGGACCUGGGAUUUUUUGACUCUCCCCAAUCCUCUGCCCGUGUCCUAAUCCAAGAUGGCGCUACGCUGCUUCUAGACUGUUGUUGACUAAUAAUUGUGCUCGUUUACUUGCCUUUGCGAUCUCUCUGUUGUUUUUUGGCAAUUUCAAGUAGAGAAGAUAUAACUUAAUAAGACUUAUAGAUAUUGAUUAUGAACUAAAUUAUGUCAUGUGGGAAAGCUGAGUCCUAUUGGACCCACAUUGUCGUGUGGUAGUUUUAUUUUUCUCAGAUAUUUUGAGUUCACUUUCAGGAACCAAGGCGAAUAAGACUCGGACAUAGAACCAUACAAAGGAGAUCGGGUAUUAGGUACAAGGAAGUUUUAAAGGACGAGGAAGCCAUGUACAUUCCACUACUGAGUUCCUUGGAGCAACUACUGAAUAAAGAUUCCAUCUUGCAAGAGGUAAACUUAUUAACAGUUAAUGAAUAAUAGUAUUAUUAUAAUGUAUAGAGGUCCGACUGUAACUCAGUUGUGUGUUACUUUGCACUGUUAGGAAUAUUAAAGCAAUGUAGCAUUCAUCCGCAAAUGAAAUUAAUAAAAGCAUUAAAUGUAUAAAGCUUGUGAAUGAAUAAAUGGAUGAGAAUGAAUAAGAAACAACAAUAAACUUAACAGACUUCACCCACUGUUUUUUUCUUUUGGUCAGGUGUUAAAUGGUCAUCAAAGAAAUGAUGGCAGAAUUGAAGACUUCUGUGAUGCUCAGAUUUUCAAGUCUCACCCUUUAUUUGCCAGAGAUCCAACUGCGUUACAGCUGAUGCUGUAUUAUGAUGAAGUGGAGAUUGCAAAUCCCCUUGGUAGUAAAAGUGGAAAGCACAAAUUAGGUAAUUUUACAAACCCAUAUAGUACAUAAUUUACAUGAUACACUGUAUUUGGUGUACUAAGAAAAAUAUGUAGAGGCAAACACUUAUAAUUAGUGUCCUUUUUUAAAGUGCUUUUAAAAAUCUGGCAGUUGCACAACUCAACACUACAACAGGAACAAGUUAGCUAUUUCUGUAUUAUUCGGUCAUCUCAAUACAUAGUUGUUUCAAUAUACAAAUUUGAGCAGUGAAAAUGUACAAAAAUUUUGGUUACUUCAAAUAAGGUUUGCAAGUGAGCAGGAAAAACACUCUGAGUGAAUAUUUGUUGUUCUGUAAGCCAGGUACUACAAUUUACAACUCAAGUCUAUAAAGUUGUAUCAAAACCUGAACUGUGUAUAGAAAUGAGCAGAAACCAUUUCUGUCACAACAGUUCUGUGUGAUUUGACUGGCAAUAUAUGCUGUGUGGCCAAUGCAUUGUAUUAACUACUACGAAAGGUCUUACACCAUUCUUGAACAGUUCUAUUUAAGUUUCCGGUACUACCACAUCUAACUUUAAAAAAGAAAUUUUGUAGUCCUAGGGCUACAUUAGAAUGGGAAUUUUGCAAUCUAAUGUGAAUCCGAAAAGGCAUUUUGCUACCAGGAAAUCCUUCCCCAAAAAUAUUCUGCAUCUUAAUAGCAGUUAAUUAAAUUAACCUCAUAGCUGUCUUGCUACUGACACAGGGGAAACAUUGCAACGUUGUGAAUGCACAUGUGAUAUUAUAACUUAAUGCUGACAUUUUCCACUAUAAGAAAGGAGUAACAAUCAUCAUCACUAAUAUUUUUUGAAAAAUAGUUAAAUGUUUAGAGUAUUAGAGCUGUGCCCCAUGUUUUAAACUCAGGCUUGAGGAAUCACUCCUGCUUAUUGUUAAAAGUACACUUAAUUUUAUAACCAAUAAAUGCUUAAAUGUUCUUUUCAUUAGUUUAUUUGGAUUAUGAAAUAAGUUUAUGCACAUAUUUUCAACUUUUCUUAGGUGUAGUGUAUUAUACACUGGGAUUAUAUAGAUCCAAAGCAUCGCUCUCAGCUUGGUGCGAUUCAACUUCUUGCUGUUGUCACGUCACCAAUAAUAAAAAAAUAUGGCAUUGAUUCCAUUCUGGAGCCUUUCAUGGAGGAUCUUCACAAGCUGGAGCAGGUCAGAUAUUAAGUUUUUUUGGAUUUUGUAUGUUCUAUUUCUUCAUUAGUUCCUGGAUUUUGUUGAAAUGCUGCUUUUUAACUUUUAAAUGGGAACUUUUUAGUGUGCAAUAAUUUCUCUGCCACAAGAUUAAGGCAAAAACAUAAAAGAUAUUCUGACACACAUAAACAGAGACACGUACAGUGUGUACAAUCAUGUUGCAGUCCAUGAAUUUUAAAUUCAGUUGGGUUGAAUCCCAAUAAUUCAUGUUGUUACUAGAUGAAACAAAGAAAAUUGUGAAUCAAUCUAGGUUGAAAAUUUUUUACCUGAAAUAAGUGAAAUUCCUUUUAACUGCAACAAUGACGUUGUACGAUUUUUUCAUAAUACAAUCAUUACCUUAUGACUUAUUAUUUACAUCUUUUUUUUCUUAGGAUGGAGGCCACCAGUUUAUGAUACACAACGAAAGAAAAUCUUUUGCUGGAACAAUUGCUUUUGUAUCAGGAGAUAAUCUUGGCUCUCAGUUAAUUGGAGGUUUCAAAGAACGUCCUGGUGCCCACAUUAAAUGUAGACAUUGCAUGGGUUCAUCCAAUGCAAUAAAAUCUAUGGUGAGAUUCAUGUGUGUCAUUUGUUAUUAUUAUUUUAAAUUCAGCAAUUACCAUGUACAGUAAUGUUGCAUGUAGGGUGGGAAGGAGAGGGGGGCAUUUCAUUAAAGUUGUACAACUUCAUUUACACGCAACCAACAUCCUAACAGAAGUAAAGAUUUCAAAAUUCUGUGCCUAUUAAAUAAAAUGCACCUCAAUUUUUCACACUUUAUCAUCUCAGGACUGAUCUGUCUUCUAACAAAAAUAGGUUAACAGCAAUUUCUGUCUUUAUAAAUACAGUACAACUGUGACCAUGAGUUGGUUUCUUUGGUAACAAGUGUCAAGCAAUAUAGUUUCUUACAGUCAAAUGUCUAAAAUCUAUUGUUGAGCAGGAUUUAAUAGCUGCUGUCCCUAUUUUUGGGGUGUCUGUAAUACUGAAUGGCGAGAUGUCAUCAAAGCAAGAGUUGACCAUUUGUUCUUUGUUUUGUUUUGCAGUUUCGAGAGAAAGACUUCAAUUUGAGAACAAAAGCUGGUCAUGUUUAUCAGUGUCAACAAGUUGAGGAAAGGCCAGAACUAGGAAAAGUUUAUGGUGUUAAUCGGUUGUCUGUUCUUUGUAACUCAAGAUACUUCAGUGUAAUUGAUGGUCUUCCUGGGGAUGUCAUGCAUGACCUACUAGAAGGAGUAUUACAAUAUGAAUGUAAAGAGAUGCUCAAGAUAUUUAUCAGUGAGCAAAAGUACCUGACACUGGAUCAACUGAAUGAAAGGAUCAAGCGAUUUGAUUAUGGAUACUACAAUGACAAAAACAAACCAUCACCAAUUAGUCUUCAGACCCUAAAUAAUAGUAACAACAGUCUUAAACAAAAAGGUUUGUAUGACUAAAAUAAUUUAAUUAUUAAUAAGAGAACUUAUAGUAGUCUUGUUGUGUACUAAACUAUGCUUGAUGCCAUUCUUGAUAACUAAAGCAGGGGUUCCAUUUAAGACCUUUGACAAGGGAUUUUCUCCGGCUAUUAUAGUGAAAACUACAAAUGUAUUUAAACGUUGAAAUUAUUUAGUGAGGUGCUACCUUUAGACAACCUUUCCAAGAAAGAUAAAAACUGUGAGGUCACAUUUUUUAAUAUGUAGGUGACAGUGAGAGUGGGGUGUCAACAAGUACUCCAGAAGAGCCUGUAAAGGAAAAAAACUUAGUAAUUUGCUUUUUUGUUUUUAAUUCAUUAUAUUUAGCUGCUCAAAUGUGGUGUCUUGGAAAAUUUCUUCCACUAUUGAUUGGCAGUCUUGUUCCAGAGGACGAUGAGCACUGGCAACUUUUCCAGAUACUCUUAGAAAUAACAGACCUAGUUUUUUCACCAAUGAUAACUGAACGUUCUGUUGGAGUUCUGGAGGGGCUAAUUGAAGAACAUCACCAGACGUUUCUCUGUUUAUACCCUGGCAGAUCAAUUAUUCCCAAAAUGCACUACUUAGUGCAUUACCCAUCUCACAUGUAUAAGUAUGGUUAUGUUUCUUUCUUUACUUAUUUAUUUUUAGUGAUUGUCUUGUAGUCAAAUUAUACCAUAAAGCUGAGGCAUAAUUAAUUAAUUAUUACUUAAUUUCAGAAAAAGGUAAACUAGUCUGUAGUAGUAUGUAUAUGUUAUAGGUCAAAAUGAAAUUGAGGUUAAAAUUUUUCAAUAGGUUGCUUCUCAAUUUCCUUUGUCUCCUAGUCAUGAUUAUUCAUGAAUUGAGGCUAUGAGACAAAGGAAAUUGAGAAUCAACCUUGGUUAACAAAUUUUAACCUGAAUUUAAUUUUGACCUGUAACAUAUACAUGCUAAACCAGUGUGACAAAUACUGUCAGUUUAAAUCUUGUGAUUGGUACCUACAUCGUGUUCAUAACACAGAAAAUAUCAAAGCCUUUUUGAAACACAUGUUUAAGUCCCUUCAAACACCAUUAUAUGAACAAACAGUUGUUUGUCAAGUUAUUAUCAAUGUUUCUCCUUAUAGUUUAUAAUUUGAACUUUGUGUUUAACAGGUUUGGCCCUAUGGUCAGGACAUGGUGUAUGCGAUAUGAAGCAAAACAUCACUAUUUCAAAAGGCUUGCUUCAUUCAUGGGAAAUUUUACCAAUGUCCCAUACACCCUGGCAGCACGGCAUCAGAAUCAACAAUGCUAU